AUGACACUUCAGGUAUACCACUACAUGGCAGAUUGUGGUGGAAACUUCACGGAGAACCUGCCCACUAGCCAACGGCCGCCCGUGCCCGGUGAGGAAAAUGAAACGGCAUCGACGGGUCCCGCCGGCAUCAGCAAGGAACGGUCACCUUCAGCCACGCCACGUCGGUCCACGCUCGUGGCAAACAUGAAGGCCGGACUCAGAGGAGAUAUGGACGAGGAUGAAGCCCCGUUGGGGUUUGAACCUGAGGGGUCGGCAUCGACCACCCCACCUUACACGCGCUGGACGGAGAGUCUGCACGCCUUGCUUUCCGACGAAGAUGGGAUUUGCCUAUUCAAGCAGUUCCUGGUGCAGGAAAAGGCCCAGGACCCGCUCUUGUUUUGGCUGGCAACUGAGGGUUUCAAGAAGAAAUCGGCAGACGACCCCAAGCGGAAUGAACUAGCUAAGGUCAUCUACAAGAAGUUUGUGAAAGCGGAUGGACAACAAGUGGUCAAGCUUUCCUCAGCGUUGAGAACUAACAUCGCAGGAAUGGUGCGUAGCUCAGUGUUUGACGAGACCUUGUUUGAUACAGCUCAGGCGGAGGUGGAGGAACACAUCCGGGAGUCGACCUACCCGAUGUUCCUCAAGUCCGAUUUAUACGUGCAAUACAUAAACAAUGGUGGAAUUAGCCCCAAGAGUAGCGAGUGCAGCUCCAGUGGGGGCAACUCCAGGAUUACAGGGUACCUGCCGACGUUGCCAGAGGAUGCGGAACUAACGGACAUCCCAAGCGGAGACGCUGCUGCCACCAAUCAGGGACAGGUACCUCUCACCAUGGAGAUGCUCAUGAAGACAUCAUUUCAUCGCCAUGGUACGAGUAAGACGCAGGAAGGGUGUUACCUGAAAGGAAGCAGCGCCCGUGUGCCGAGUCCCUAUCACCCCAGCUUCACGUCUUUCGCGCCAGCUGUAUCCACCAACGAUUCGGAGCUGCAGAGCUUGUCGAGCGAUGCCAUUUCGGAUGACACCAUGUCGCUGACGGACUCCAGUGUGUAA